GAUUUGUUUUAACUUUUCUUGAGUUUUAAGUCGGACCCAAUUCAAAAGUUUGGGUCAUCUUAACAUAAAAUGUUGAGAAUGAUUGAAUCCGCUAACUUAACAGAUUGUACAGAUAUUAAAUGAAAGAAAAACUAAGCCAAAAGUCCUGAGUCUUUUAAGGGCACUGGUAGAAUUCAUGCAUGAUAAAAGCUCGUUGGGUGCCAAACUUGUGGAAUUCAAAAGGUUGGCUAAGAACUAGUUUGGGGGUGGCUUGGUUGAGUUCUACAUUCUGAUAUUCAGUCAGAAUCUUAUCAUAUGCCGAUUUGUAGGAAUCUUAGCUAGGUUUUAGACCAUGUUGGGCAAUGAUGUAGAAUUUGUCUUAGUCAACAUGUGAGAUUUUGUGAAGAAGCUCACUAUAAUGAGUGUGCUAGAUAGGCAUUUUGAUUCAAAUAUCAUUGUUUUUCAUGGGUUUCAGAUUCUCAGAAGAUAAUGAAAACAUUGCUACGAAGAAGCAGUAGAUUGAUUGCCCACCCUAUGAUCAGGACUGAAUGAAUAUAAUGCAUAUACUUAUUCAUCCCGAAUCCUGAUCUGAGCACAGGUUCUGGCUUGUGUUUUGAUCUUAGCAUUAUGAAGAUGAAGGACACCAAAUUCAUCUGUGCAUCCCCUGCUUCAACUGCUGUGUGCAUGAGCAUAGAGCAGAGAUCUGUGGUGAGGCCAGGCAGUAGAGCUUUGGAGCAAACACAGCUCUUGGAGAGGCAAAGAAGCAGGGUUUCAGAGAUCCAUCAUGCUAGAACUGAUGAAUUUCACUACAGCAGAAAUGGAGAACAGAGUAGUGAUGGGAGGUAUCAAAGAGCUAGGCGCCACAGCACUCACAGUUUGUCAGCUACCAAGAACAUGUCUACAGUUGGUAAAGUUGAAAAGAACCUGUCUACACCUCAGAACUUAUCUAUUCUAUCUCAUCAUCAAGAGAAUCAUCCAAAAGCAUCUGCAUCAACAGAGGUGGUGGUAAUGAGGGUAUCUCUGCACUGUAAGGGAUGUGCAGGGAAAUUGAAGAAACAUAUUUCUAAGAUGGAAGGUGUGACAUCAUUUGCCAUAGAGUUGGAGGAGAGGAAGGUAACAGUGGUUGGCAAUGUUUCACCCAUGGGAGUGUUGGAAAGCAUUUCAAAGGUGAAAAAUGCUGAGUUCUGGCCUUCCUUGGCUAAUUUGUGAAUGUAAAGCAUCAUGAACAUUCUAGACUCUGAUGUUUUUGGCAGUAAGGGGAAUGAAGCACAAGGUUUGAUAUAGAAGACUUAUUUAUGUAUGCAAUUUUUUUUUCUUGCUUAAAAACUUUGUAGACUAAUGAAAGAUUAUAGCUCUUUCAUACCAUGCUAAUCUAGUGUAUGAGUGCAAUACCAUGUAGUAAUGACAACUGUGUUGUUUGUUUUGUUUCA